GCUCUUACAUUCAUGACCAAUAUAGUUCUUAUCUCUCAUUGCAUUAGCGAAGACGAAGUCAGAAUGUGGCGUGCGCUCAAGAACAACUCCUUGUCCAGUGUUGAGGAUGUGAGCCAAUGCAUUGAGAUACUGAUCGAAGCGACAGUUGAAAAUACGGUCUUGCAUGGCAGCCGAGAGCUCUCCGCUUGGGUUUUUGUACGAAGAUCGUUUCCGUAUCUGUCGAUAAGAAUAUCAUCCAUUCGGAACUCGGGGAAAUGA